GAAGGCAGCCCUCCCUGGUCGCCGGGGCCCGCCCGGGCCCCAGAGGACCAGCACCUGAGGGCGUUUCUUCCCAGCCCCGGUCUGUUGGCCGGGACCUCGCCCCUGGCUCCCCGCCCCCGCCCCCGCGGCCAGUUAACUUUCGUUUCCUGGCGGCGCCUCCCCAGAGCGCCCAGUCUUAUUGGCGAGCGCGAGGGCUGGGGACCCGGAGACGCCCAUGGUCCUGGUCCGCGGCCUGCGCGCCCUGCUCCUUGGGAAGUGGUCGGGGCCGCGGCCCGGGGCCUGUGCUCACACCAUGGCGCCGCCGCGCUCCUUCGCGCUGGAACUCCCAGGCUGCAGCUUGGCGCACUUCGCGGUGGGCACCGACGUUUCGGGCACGCCCACCGACCCCCGCGUGGUCGCGCUCAUGGUCCCCCCGGGCCGCAGCUACUCGCUGUGCGUGCCGGUGGCACCGGGCGCGGACUACGGGGCCCGCGUGCGCGCCGCCCGACUGCACCAGCGCCUCCUGCAGCAGCUGGCCCGCGGUCCCCUCAAGCGCUGCCAGCUGCGCAGGCUGCUGUGCUACCAGCCUGGCGGCGGGGCGGGGACCCUGCAGCAGGGCGUCCUGCUCCACGACCCCAGCGACAGCCCCGACACCCGGCGGGCGCUGCUGGCCUUGCUGGACUCCUGUCUGGAGGCCCCGCGCCCCUGUCUGGGCGAGUUCUUGGUGGACUCGCCCCAGCAGCUGUGGCAGCGCCGGUGGGAGCUGCUGGACGGCCAGGGGUGGCGGCAGGUGGAGCGCGAGCCCGUGGGGCCCGCCCCAGAGCCAGACCUUCAUCCAGUGGUACCGGACCUGCCCAGCUCCGGGGUCUUCCCGCACCGGGAAGCCGCUCGUGCUGUUCUGGAGGCGUGCACGGGCUUCAUCCCCGAGGCCCGGGCCAUGCUGGAGCUGGUGGACCGGUGCCCGGCCCAGGCCCAGAAAGGCACGUUCCCGGUCAUUGUUGUUGAAGGACUGGAUGCCACAGGUAAAUCCACUGUGACCCAGGCUGCCUCGGAAUCUCUCAAGGCCGUGCUCCUGCGGUCCCCGCCCCCUUGCAUCAGCCAGUGGAGGAAAAUAUUUGAUGACGAACCAACUAUCGUCAAAAGAGCUUUUUACUCGCUGGGCAAUUACAUUGUGGCUUCUGAAAUAGCUGAAGAAUCCACCAGGUCCCCUGUGAUUGUGGACAGGUACUGGCACAGCACGGCCGCCUACACCAUGGCCACCGAGGUGAGCGGGGCCGUCCAGCAGCUGCCGCCGGCCGGCCACUCUGUGUACCAGUGGCCAAAGGACCUGCUGAGACCCGACCUGGUCCUGCUGCUCAGCGUGAGCCCCGAGGAGAGGGUGCGGAGGGUGCAGGGCCGGGGCCUGGAGAGGACCAGGGAGGAGACUGAGCUGGAGGCCAACAGCACAUUUCGUCAAAAGGUAGAAGCCUGCUACCAGCGCAUGGAGAGCCCCGCCUGCCGGGUGGUGGACGCCAGCCCGCCCCGAGAAGAGGUCCUCCGGACGGUGCUGAGCCUGAUCCGAGCGAGCUGUGGUUAUCCGGACGGUGGUGACCCGGGGCCUGCGGGCACGUGGGACUGAGGGUGGCGUUUGUCACGUCUCAGCCCACGACCGGCUGUGCCUGUGUCCCGAUGCCUGCUGUGUAAGCCUGUCGUGUGGCAGAAGACUGGGGACAGGACAUUUCUAUUUCAUAUCAAUUAUUGUACUUGCUUCUGACCGAUGGGCCCACGUGGGUGGAGGCUGGUCACAUUCCAGGGAUGGGGUGGUGGCUUUCCUCCUGGCGUAACCCACGUUUUCCUGGGCUGUAUUUUGGCUGCUUCCUUACCAAAGGCCUCCCAGGUUCUUAUCACCAGGAAAGCAUGGGGUGUGCAGAGCCACCAGGAAGGUGUUCCCCCCCGACAGAAGCCCUGCCCAGCCUCUGCCACGCCGCCCCUCCCUGGCUCCCCGGGAGGCCUCCGCAGGGCAGGGUUGACCUGUGCCCCGCCUGCCCGCACUGCGUCCUUCCGACUUAGCCCCAGAUCCCAGAGCCAAGCACACCCCAGAACCGCCCUGUGUCCCGGCUCCCACGGAGCUGGGGUGUGCGUAGGGGACACUUUCCCAGCAGGCAUCUGUCCUCUGGCUGCCUCUCCAAACCCUGACGAGGUCCUCUCCUCAGCCCUGCAGAGUGAGCCGGGGAGAUAGCCAGCCCAAGACACUCUAAGGACAGAUGUGCCAGCCCUGUCUGAAUCACAUUCUGCUCAUUUCCACUCCUGUCCUUUCCUCUGUGGACAGGACGUUGGAUACAGUGCGCCUUUCACCCUGCACUGGAUGCAUGAAACUUCGCCACCGCAGCCGUGUGUUUAGACGAUGUUACCCUGUGGUGUAGGGACAGCCCUUCACUAAGGACAGCAGACGCCAGCUGAGAAGCUGGGGCAAUGCCUGGUCUGUUUUAGCCCCAUGGAUUUAAUUUGUGUUACUGAGUGGAACCUAGAUUGAGGAUUCUUAGUGAAUUGCCUUGCACUCGAAUGUGUGCUGACAGCAGGUGAAAUCAGGUGAGAGAUUUGGGGGCUGGCAAACCGUUGCUCGGAGAAGAGGAGACUUAAUAGCUUUGUGGCCUUGGGUGAGUCAUUGAACAUCCCAGGUCUGGGCGACUUGAUCUAUGGUGUGAGGGUGACUCUUUAUUUGUCUCAAGGAGGUGGCCCAACCAGGCGGUCACCUCCAAUUUCUUCCAGUUCUAAGGUGGAUGAGCCUGUAAGUUGUGUAAGUCCUCACCGGAUUUAUAAUGUGUGCUGCUGCUGAGGAUGCCCAGUGGGCCCUCGGGGGAGGCGCCGUCAUCUCUCUCUGGGCGGCCCGGGCUCCGAGGGAGCCGUUUCUCUGCACUGCGGGCUGAGCCCGGCCCCUGAGCUCUUCCCACUGUGUGCAUUUGUGUUCAUCUUUGAGGUAGGAAAGGUGAUUUUUUUCAGUUCUCUUUUUAAAAAGGAUUUUAUUUUCAGAGAGAGGGGAAGGGAGACAGUGAGAGAGGAACACUGAUGGGAGGGAGAAAACGUCAUGGCCUGGUUGCCUCUUGUAUGUGUCCUGACCUGGGACCGAACCCACCACCGAGGCCUGUGCCCUGACCCGGAAUCCAACAGGCGGCCUUUCUCUCUGCGGGACGAUAGCCAACCAACUGAGCCACACGGGUCACAGCUAACAUUUGAAUUUAAUUGGGGAAAACAGCAACAAAUCUUCUAUGUGGAUAUUGUUUGAAAAAACAGCCACUGACAAAUGUUUAUUUUUUUGAGGCAAUAGAAAAACAUUUCCUUCAGCCAGAACUCAUGUUAAGGAGUCUUUCUGGUGCCUCUGAAUAUUCCGGGUAACAGUUCUGGCUAUUUCUACCUGGAGCCCGUUUGCAAAGGUGAGAAUUAGGACUAAGGUCGGGGAAAGUGGAGAUAUGCUUACACAGUGAAUUGUGGGCCGAACUCAUCAUUUUUGGAAUGAGAAAUUAUUACAGUUUCCUCUUUUUUAAAAAUUUACUUACUUAUUUUUAGACAGAGGGGAAGGGAGGAGAAAGAGAGGGAGAGGAACAUCAGUGUGUGGUUGCCUCUCACACACCCCCUCCUGGGGACCUGGUUCACAUCCCAGGCCUGUGCCCCGACUGGGAAUCGAAUCUGUGACCCUUUGGUUCACAGGCUUGGGGCUCAGUCCACUGAGCUACACCAGCCAGGGCUACACUUCUCCCUUCUACCAGCAUAAACCCAAAGCGACCUGUGACGGUACCCUGGCAGCCAGCCCAGGUGCCUGUGAGUCCUGCCUCGUGGCUGUGCCCUGACCUAAGCUGCCGAGUUUGCAGCAUAGGGGCUGGAAGACUCCUCCCGCCCCCACGCUUCUAGCCGGCAGGACUGUACAACUGCAGAGUGAAUGCGGCUCACCCACAGUCCUGAGUCCCGUGUAACUUUUAACAAGGUCAUGACACAGAUACGCAGUGUUUAGACCAUUUUGUUUUAUUUGAAUAACUUGGGAGAGUCAGGUGUUGCACGGUAAUGCGUUACAGAGGGCCUCGGCUCCCCCAAACCCUUAGUGAAUUAGUAUUUUAUCAACACCAUUUGCUUUACAUUCCCACGGGAAAGGUAAUGACCGACAGGUGAGCACUCCUCCCGCCCACUUUUCCCCAGGAACCGCCCAGCCACCUUCUCUGGGCAUUUCUGCCAGCCCUCUGCUGCCCCCUACAGUCUCGCUUUUGUGUGGCACCCAGGUCAGGUUCUUCCUCGUUGGCCUUGGCCA